CUACACCUUCGCUCGUUACAGUACAUACUCUUUAAUUUACUCCUCCCGAGGUCUCGACCAACUUUCACUCUUUUCCACAUCAACUUACACCAUCACCAUGCACGUUCCGACUUCUCUGUUCGCCGCUGUGCUUGCCUUUGUGGCUUUCGACCAAGCCAACGCCUUGUGCAAGUGGGACCGUUGCUGCUACACAAACCAAAAAGGCCCUGGAGCAUGCCCUCCUCAGCAAUGGCAUGUCGCCCUUUCAGGCGCAUACUGCGAAGUUUCCGUAUGCCCAGUAGGAUGCACGAAUCUCAACGAUGACUCUUUGGAUGUUGUCACUCUUCACCAGACUCCCGGAAUUAUCUACAACAUGGCGUCAGGCACGGGUGUCGCAAACAUUGACAACUCUAUUCUAAGUGACGAACCAGGAACACCAAUACCAAUGGUCGUCAUGAACGAUAACACGCCCACAUCCAACACCGAUGCACCCGUCCAAGUGCGCGACAUUGCAGACCCUGCCGAGUCGUACAGCAGAUUCGGGCCCAAACAACGCGUUGUGAUCAUCGCAAUCGCAAGCACCAUUGGUGUUCUGAGCCCAUUGAGCUCCAAUUUGUACACUCCCGCCAUCCCAGCCGUCGCCAAGGAUUUGGGGGUGUCGACCGACGCCAUCAACCUGACCAUCACCUCGUACUUGAUCUUGCAAGGCAUCAGCCCCACCCUAUGGAGCGUCAUUGGCGACAACACAGGUCGUCGGUUGCUCUACCUGAUCGCCCUGACCGUUUACCUAGGGUCUUGCGUCGGCCUCGCCCUGUCUCCCAACUACGCGUCUGUUCUUGCCCUGCGCGCCGUCCAGGCCGUGGGGUCAGCCUCCACCACGGCCAUCGGAGCUAGUUUGAUCGGCGACCUGAUCCACGUCAGCCAGCGCGGCGGGUGGAUGGGAAAUUACAGCGCAAUGGGUGGUGCAGGAACCGCGUUUGGGCCCGUUCUCGGCGGCCUCUUUGCUCAGUACACGGGGUGGAGGGGUAUGUUUGUGUUUAUGGCUGCGCUGGCGGCGUUUUUGUUGAUGACGACGGCGUUUCUGCUACCCGAAACAAAGCGCGACAUUGUUGAUGAUGGUUCCGUCCCGGCUCCGUGGUACCUGCAGGCGCCUAUAAAGUGGUUGGAUGCUCCCAAGUCUGGGGACUGUGCUACAGGGAGAACAACUACGGGCAAGUUCAAAAUCGAUCUUAAAGCCCCGGUUCGCUUGCUUGUCGAACCCGAAUGUCUAUGUGUGGUCUUGUUUACUGGGGUGAUUUUUGCCGUGUGGCAGGCGACCAUGGUGGCGACGGCAACGCUCUACUCUGAACGCUACGGCUUGAGCGAAACAAACAUCGGGCUUACUUACAUCUCCAACGGCGUUGGAUCUCUCUGUGGCAGUAUCCUUACUGGAAAGCUGCUGGAUCGCGAGUACAAACGACAGCUGCAGAGAGAACGAAAGACUCAAGAUGAGGGCAAUGAAGAUCAACAACCUCGCCAGCAAGAGGUGCAGCACAUUGAACUGGCGCGCAUCAAGCCAUUGAUGAUACCCACAGUUGUUUUUCUGAUAUCGGUCGUAGCUCUUGGUUGGAUAAUGGAAUAUCAUGUCCACAUUGCUGCAUCCAUCACCGUGGCCUUCUUCGUGGGUGGUCUGAGCACCAUUAUCUUUGCUGGUUUCUCAAUCCUUAUCGUCGACCUGUUCAAGAGUCAAAGCUUCAGCGCCACAGCUUCGAUGAAUCUCUCGCGCUGUCUUAUCGCGUCUGGUGGUACUGCAGUAAUCGGACCUCUGAUCCGGGCUGUCGGUGUGGGUUGGGCGUUUACCAUUUGCGCGGCGGUUGGUCUGAUCUCGUGCUCUCUUGCGUUGGCCGAGUUGUGGCGGGGAAGAGAGUGGAGGGCGAAGCGAAAGGCGGCAGAGCAGUUGUAG